CACUCCAUAAGCCGUACGAAACUAGCCAGAUCACGCCGAUGGCCUCCACAAAGAUCGUCAUGUAACAUGUUACUUGUCCGUCGUCACCGCCUGUGCCUGACUACCCUAGUGCCUGUCCGCUUCCAGACUGUCUUAAAACCGACCUCACUCCAGAUCAAAUCCUCAUCCCGUGCAUCCCAUUCAAUCACUAAAACUACCCUGGAAUUGUGUUCGGCCC